AUGGAGAAGGUGGUCAUGUCGUUGUGUGGCGCUCAGACAGGCACUGCACGGCAGGCUUGGGAUGUGACCGAAGGAGGAUCCUUCGUCUUGACCUUCGGCCUCUUUGCCCACGGCAACCAGUACGGCCUGACCCGGGCGACCGUCGAUUACCCGAUUCUGUGCUCCUUCAUCAACAAGUGCGUGGAGCAAUGGUUUCCGUCGGGGACUCACUCCUGGACCUCAGUAAGCAUCCUGGUCAACUGCAAGAGCAAGCUCCAUAAGGACUCCCACAACCUGACGAAAUCCAUGAAUUUGACGUGUUCAGUGGGAUCCUUUCAGCAUGGGCAGUUGUGGCUAGAAGCUGUGGAAGGAGAUCCACAACCUUUGGGUCCUAUGUCAUGGCGCGAGCUCCCCAAUGGCACACGAGCUCCCGGCUACUUGGUGGACACCUACAAGAAGCCCUUCGCCUUCGAGCCAAAGAGGUACCAUGGAGCUUCGAAUUGGACGGGUCAUCGAGGGUCGGUGAAUGCCUAUGCAGCAAGGUCUGUGGCCGCUAUCGACCCCGACCUGCGACGACAACUACGGCGAGCAGGCUUUGUACUCCCGACCAAGGCCCAGAUCCAGAUGCUGGAAACCCCAUCGAUGGCAGUUGAGACCGAGGACCUGGACCACAGCACGGAAGAGAGACUUACGGCGGAGGACCAGCUGGCCAUCAUGUCACCCUUGAAGGAGGCGAAUGCAGCCCUCGAUGAGAUCUUCAAUGUCUACCCGGCGAUCCCCGUUGUCCAGCUAGCCCAAGUUUGUCAACCAUGGAUGGAACCGGACACCUUGGCGGCCGAGCUCCUGGACUUCGGAAUCUCAUGGUCUUCCAACUUUGGCUUUGGUGCCAUGUUCCACGCAACGACCAAGGCGAAGAGGUACUUGAAGGUACUUCGGCAUCUACUGCUUCUCUCUCGAGAUCAACUACAAGCUGGAGGACAGGUGGCAUGGAUCAUUCCUCCGGAGAGCCAAGCACUGUCAGUGAGCGAGGUGAGACGAUUUUGGAGUCAAUAUGGCCAUGGGAAAAGCGCAUUGGAUGUUGGACCCUGCAAGCUGGCGACGACAUCGUCCAAACUUCUGAACUCCAUUGAUCCGGCCAACCAAGCACCCUUGUACAUCUGGAAAAGAAUGUGUCAGUCGAUCUCUACCGCCAGUGAGGUCGAGAUACCCUUCAAGGAUGCGGAGGAAGCGGUUAUGGCCAUCGACAUCACCCCGCUGAACACCUUGACCUCUCAGGAGUUGGACAAGCUUAUGCAGGUGGCCCACCAGCUCCACCGCAAGUUCGGCCACCCAUCCAACCGGCUGUUGAUCAAGAACCUCCAGGCCCGGAACGCUGAUCCCAAGGUGAUUGCUGCGGUGAGUCUGUUGAAAUGUGAUGAGUGCCAAGAAGGGAAGAUCAAACUUCCGGCACCAGCUGUUAACCUGGAAAGGACAGACAAGCUGUGGUCAUGUCUGCAGGUGGAUGGCUUCACUAUGAGGCUGUCGAAUCAAGUGCAUCACUUUGUGUUGAUGGUGGAUGAGGCAAGCGGCUAUGCAGUGAUUCGUGAGGCCUUCCGACACUCCGAGGAGGAACAUCAAAACCUCUCUGGCGGUCAGAUGGUGGAGAUCCUUCGAGAGGCAUGGUUUGCCUACUUUGGAUAUCCGGAACAGCUGAAGAUGGACUUGGAGGGAGCCCACCGUAGUACCGUGUUGUCCGAAGAGUGCCUCACGCAUGGCAUUGAGAUUGUGGCCGCCCCUGCCGAGCACCACCAGGCCAUCGCUGAGGUGGAGAGGACUAUUGGUCAUGUUCGACAUAAGGUGGAAGUUUUUCUUCGAGAGCAGAACGUGGACCCCAAGGUGGCUGCUCUGACCAUGGUGAUGACCCAUAACUCCUUGGCCCGAGUGCACGGGUUCUCUCCCCUUCAAUGGACCAUGGGGCGAGAUUGGAGCCCAGGACUGCGACUACUUGACCUUCCUCGAGAUGAUUCCUUCUCCGCCAAUGCCAACCGCUUUGGCGCUACUAUGGAAGUCAGGAGGGCAGCUGAGAAGGCGUUCCUUGAUCACCGGGCCCAUGACAUCGCAUCUAGAGCCAAGAACGCGAAGACUCGAGGAAGUGUGCAGUUCCUGCCGGGAGACCUCAUCUACUUUCGUCGCCAACCACACCCUGCUGAUCUGCCAGCAAAUAAUGUGGUUGAUCGACCGCGCCUACGGACGGGUAGAUGGUAUGGACCUGGUCGGAUCCUGGCCAGUGAGACUAAGGUGGAUGGUCAGUCCCGACGACCGUCCUUGAUCAUUUGGGCCAUUGCAGGAGGGCGGCUAAAAAGAUUCCAUGCAUCUCAGCUUCGCCACGCCCCCGAGGCAGAGAGACUUGUGGCGGAGGCAACAUCCGCGAUCAGUAUGCCAUGGACAAUGACAUCGUUGAGCAAGCUCAUGGCAAAGGGGACCUACGAUGACGAGACACGACCUCGGCGGAAACAUUGGCCAAGGACCCCUACCAGUAAGAGGCGCAGCAGGAGAGAGGCACACCAUGAAGCCCCUCGUGAAGGCGCAAGCGCGGCUGUACGUGAACCUCCAGCAGACCCUGAGGACUCUGAAGCUGAGAUGAUCCCGGACCGCGAGAUGCGAAAACGCACCGCUCCCGGACCGGCAGAGGCGAGUGGUAUGGGUGGACAGGGAGACCUUGACCUGGAUCGGCUCCUUGAGGAUGUCACGUACCUCCCACAGGAGUUCGACCCCAGCUUCCGGCAACGGCGGCAAGCUCAUGAGUAUGAUGAGCGCCCAUGGCAUGUGCGGGACCAAGGAAGUCUUCAGUAUGUGAGCGAGGCGGAGGUCGAUGGUGGCAUCUUCUCCACGAUCGUCGAGAUCCCUGAGGACGAGCGGGCCUGGAAGCGGAUCCUCAAGUAG